CUCAAAUACUGGCUGAACCGACCUUCUUGUCCUCCCAUGUUUAGGGAGGUGAAGUCUCUAUUUGACAGAUUUGUGUCUCCCUCAAUCGACGCCAAUCCUAUUUCUGUGCCCAAAGAUCACCCACCUACACCACAACAAGGAUCUGUUUAUACCUGUGACUCCACCCAUCUGGGCAACAGCCUGAUCCUCUAUUAUCCUGGUGGUAUCAGGAAUGUGCAACCAACACUGGGAAUCAUCAAGUAUAUUUUUGAGACAGAGCAAGUAGUGGGCUUCGCCGGGCGACAUCACCUCCCUCAGUACUCUCGCCCUGACCCUUUCCGCCACUAUCCUCACUUCCAAGCUUGUUUAUAUUCCUCAGUGCUUGCAGACCAUCUCGAAACUGUCAUGCCUGAGUGGGUAGUGUCACAUUUCGCACGAUGGAACUUCUCUACACAGCAUAUUGUUGCCGUGUCUUUGUGUCAGGUGUGUUCCUCCCGCUUUUUUCACAUGUUAUGA